AUGACCCCGACAACAAAAGUCAACAUCGUUAUGAUGGAAGCUGAAGCCAAAGCUGGAUCCCUCCACACCAGCAGCGAUGCUGUGCUCAACACAGCUACCUCGGGUCGAGCAUAUUUUGUACAUCUUGGAACUGCUCCUCAAGCACGGAAUAUCGAGAACCAAGCUGAUGUUACUUCGCGACGUGGGGAACCUACUAUUGCCAUGAAAAAUCAUAACUUCGACCUUGGUCUGGAGACCUGUUUGGAUGAGCCCUUGGAGGAAAUCCAGGAUGUCUUUGUCAUUGGUCAUGAUGACGAUAAUGAGCCUGAACAAGUUAAUCUUGCAGAUUACAAGAUGGCUUAUGGCUUUGGAUCAGGUAGAUCUAUAGCAGCGCUCUAUCAUGCAGUGUAA